UCGCAUUCUGACGGCACCCAUUCACUGCAAAAGGAUCCAUUUGUGAGCAAGUGAUGAAAUGCUAAAUUUCUCCAAAUCUGUUCCAUCUCAUCUACAUCAUCUACAUCUUGGAUGACCCGAGGGUGGGUACAUUUUCUGCAAUUUCUCAUUUUUGGGUGAAUUAUUAAUUUAAAAAUGUGUAAGAAAACAAACACUGAAGAUUGAAGAAUCUGGCUGCACAUGGGAUCAUAUUCUUAAACAAAUUACAAGGAACACCUGAAACAAAAAUGUUCAGUGCUAUAUAUCUGUGAAAAAGCAUUUUCUAAUUUGAAUACACAAAAGAAUCAAUUCAAUAUUUCAGGGAAAAUAUGUUGUGAAUGAAGUGUUGUGUACUUCUCAAAUACUCCCACUUAAAAUUCCUGUAAAAUAAACCAUGAGAACUGUUUGUGAAAAUGCAGAUUAUGCAGUUUUGUUUUUUGUGCAGUGAAAUACGUCAAUUGUAGUCAUGACUGUAAGUUGACUUUGUUUUCUUUCACGUGACAAAGUAUAAAUUGUGGUCUGUGGAAGGAAGCACAGCCUCAUCAUCGACCUACUUAAACAGGAAAAUGGAAGAUUUGAGAUCAUACCAAACUUAUUUUUGCAUAUAAUUUUUAACAGGUAAAUAUUAGUAUUUCUUUUUUUAAAUACAUACUGCACACGAGAUGCCAAGAUCUUAUCACUUUUAUAAAAGCAACAAACUUUUACAACUUUUUAAAUGGUCUUAUUUAUGAAAUAAAUAGAUGAUUGAAAAGCAGUUUCUUCAUGUAUAUUUAAUGAGUCUGUCCUACAGUUGAUUUUAAACUUGAAACAAAAGCAAGGGCUAGAGCUAUGCUGUGUUAUUUAUUAAGAUGAAAAUUAAACAAAUCAUGUGAAUACUCUAACGUAAACCAACUCUUUUGAAACUCCCAUUAACUGGAAAUGACCUUUAAAUGUUACUACGGACUUGCCACAACCCUUUAGAGAACAACUACUUCCAUUGUGAAAAAGAUAGGUAAAGUUUCACUUCUGUAAAGGAAAAGAGAAAUGGCCGAGUUUGAGGUAGGUGUCUUUAACCAUCCCAUUCAACAUAAAAACACUCAAAUAUCCCGUCCAAAACAUCCAUAACACUACAUAUUGGCCUCAGUUUGCUGUGGGUUUCAGUUUGCCAAUUUUGUGUCAUAUUAGUACAAACAGAACUGACAAAAAAUUAAGAGAACAUCAUGACUGAAGACUAUACAGAGUAUCCAGAACAAGAAGACCAACUAUGUCACAAAGAGGAGGUGAUCAAAGUUGGAUCCAUUGUUAUUCCGGUUUUCUUUGGUGUUCUGGUUGUGUGUAGUUGCAUUGGUAACCUGCUGGUUUUGGUCAUCUUGGUGCUGUAUGAGAAGUUUAGAUUGCUGAUCAACAUCCUGAUCUUCAAUUUAGCUGUGUCAGAUCUGCUGUUCACUUUUGGACUUCCAUUUUGGGCUUUGUACUUCACCUGGGGUUGGACAUUUGGAGAGGCUGGCUGCAAAGCUGUGAAGUUUCUGUUCUAUCUCGGUUUUUACAGCAGCGUGUUGUUCUUGACUUUAAUGACCGUUCAGCGUUACAUAGUAGUGGUUCAUUCUCUGUCUGACUGGGAGAGAAGCAGAUGCUUUUCAGUUGCUCCCUUUAUCAUAUGGAUGUUGAGCGGAACAGCUGCACUGUUAGUCUCCCUUUAUAGCCAAGUCUUAGAACAUGAAGGGAAUCUUUACUGUGAAUUUGACAGUAUUCAAGUGAGACAUGCCGCUGUUUAUUUACAGAAUGUUUUCUUCUUGAUUGCAUUUUGCAUCAUGGGAUUUUGUCACGUUAGAAUGUUCCAGACAAUCACACGAUCCCAAACAAAGGGGCGACACAAGACUAUCAAACUGAUAUUCUGCAUUGGGCUGGUAUUCUUCAUUGGAUGGGCUCCAUACAACAUAGUUAUGUUCUUGAGAAUUCUGCAGGACUAUGGUUUGUCUUCAUUUCUAGAGUGUAAUGUAUCCAUUCAUCUUGAUUAUGCAUUUUACACUUGCCGGCUGUUGGCUUUUUCCCAUUGCGGCUUAAACCCAGUGCUUUAUGCUCUAAUUGGAGAAAAAUUUCAGAAACAUUUACAAACAAUAUGGAAGAAAAUGUGUUCAAAAUAAAACAAUUCUGACCUAUCCUGAGACAAAUGACUUGUUUUUGGUGUGUUUGUUAAAUGCAACAAAUCUCACAAUGCAUGCCUUAUAGACGACCACUCAAAAUGUUGGGGUCAUUUUUUCUUUUAAUUAAUACUCGGCUCAGCAAAGAUGCAU